AUGAACACACUGGCUGGAAAUGGCUCCCUUGUGACUGAGUUUGUUCUUGCUGGACUGACAGAUCGUCCAGAGCUCCAGCUACCUCUCUUUUAUCUGUUUCUAGUGGUCUACAUCGUCACUGUGGUGGGAAACUUUGGCUUGGUCACUCUUAUUGGUCUCAAUUCUCACCUCCACACCCCCAUGUACUAUUUCCUCUUCAACCUCUCCUUCAUUGAUCUCUGUUAUUCUUCUGUCUUUAGUCCCAAAAUGCUGAUGAACUUUGUCUCUGAGAAGAAUGUCAUCUCCUAUGUGGGAUGCAUGACUCAGCUCUUUCUCUUUCUCUUCUUUGUCAUCUCUGAAUGCUAUAUGUUGACGUCAAUGGCCUAUGAUCGCUAUGUGGCCAUCUGCAAUCCAUUGCUCUAUAAACUUACCAUGUCCCAUCAGGUGUGUUCUGUUCUGUCUUUUGCUUCUUAUGGGAUGGGAUUUGCUGGAGCUUCUGCCCACACAGGCUGCAUGCUCAGACUGACAUUCUGCAAUGCCAAUGUCAUCAACCAUUACUUGUGUGACAUACUCCCCCUCCUCCAACUUUCUUGCACCAGCACCUAUGUCAAUGAUGUAGUGGUUCUCAUUGUUGUGGGUAUUAACAUCAUAGUCCCCAGUUUUACCAUCCUCAUAUCCUAUGUUUUCAUCCUUGCUAACAUUCUAAAUAUCAAAUCCACUCAAGGAAGAUCCAAAGCCUUCAGCACAUGUAGCUCUCACAUCAUGGCUAUUUCUCUCUUCUUUGGUUCAGCUGCAUUCAUGUAUCUUAAAUAUUCUUCUGGAUCUAUGGAACAAGGAAAAAUUUCUUCUGUUUUUUACACUAAUGUAGGGCCCAUGCUCAACCCUCUGAUCUACAGUUUGAGGAACAAAGAUGUCAAGGUGGCAUUAAGGAAAUUUAUUGAAGAAGUGUUUAAUAAAAAGCAAAACCAAAAAAAAAGUAAAAACCACUUGUCUUUUUUGAAUAGGACUAUUUUAAAAUUUGAAUGA